GCAACGGUCUUGGAUCUUCUUCCACGAUUCGGCGCUUCAACAGCCAUGGACACGGGCACGCGUCGCCUCUCGUCGGCCGAGAGGGUGUUCCAGCUCAUUAGCCACCGGUCGUCGAUGCCGUCGCGCCUCAAUGGCGCGGUCAAGGUGCUCACGGGGCCCGAGCGUGCGCGCCAGCUCUGGGCCAAGGUGCGCGACAACCUCAGCGUCUUCGUGACGCCCAAGCCCACGACGCGGUACCGGCGUGCUGCCGUGCCACCGCUCAUGUUUGACCCCGAGUCGGACAUCAAGGUCAAGUGGGACCUCGCGCUCGCAUGCUGCGUCCUGUACACCACCGCGGUCGUGCCGUACAGAGUGAGCUUCUCGAUUGACGCGACCGGCGUCUUCUUCGUGCUCGAGACAGCCAUCGACUGCGCGUUCUUCAUCGAUAUUGUGUGCUCGUUCCGCACCGGCAUCGAGAACCCGAGCACGGGCCACGUGUACUACAACAAGCAGCACAUUGCGCUCGCGUACCUCCGCGGUUGGUUCCUCAUCGACUUUGUUUCGACCGUGCCCAUCUCGACGGUCGCGCAGUGGCUGUACCCGAACCUCAACUCGAACGCACUCAUGACCACGCGCAUCUUUCGCGGCACGAAGCUCGUGCGGCUCCUCAAGCUCGCGCGCAUCCGUAAAAUCGGCGUCAUGAUGGCCAAGUGGGAGGAAGAGGUGUUUGCCAACCAAAGCCUGCUCUCGCUGCUCAAGAUUCUCUUUUUCGUCUUCUUCCUCGCGCACCUGGUGGCGUGCGUGUGGUUUUACGCCGCAACGACCUCGACGUAUUCGUGGGCGUCAGCGGCGGGCUACAUGGCCGACAACCACGCGCACAAGCAAAAUUUACAGUACCUCGCGUCGCUGUACUGGGCCAUUGUGACCAUGACGACCGUGGGCUACGGCGAUAUCGACCCUAAGACCAAGGUUGAGAUUGUGAUUGCGAUGUUCGUCAUGGUCAUUGGCGUCGUCAUGUUUGGUUACGUGAUCGGCAACAUCACGGCGCUCGUCGACAACCUCGAUGCGAGCAGCCGCAUGCAGUCGGAGCGCUUGACGUCCGUGAAGGAGUACAUCAUCGCACGCAGCAUUCCCAAGCACAUUGGCAAGCGCAUCCUCGACCACUUCGAGUACUUUUACCGCCACCGGUCCGUGUUUGACGAAGAUGCGAUUCUCAAGAACCUGCCGAGCGUCCUGCGGCACGAAGUGGUGCAUCACGUGCUGCGCAAAUUCAUCGCGCGCAUCGACUUUCUCUCCGAGUUCCACGAAGGUCUCGUGAGUGACAUGGCGGUCGCGAUGCACCCGUUUUUCGUGAUCAAAGACGAAGGCAUUUACGCCCAGCAUGAGAUCGCCGCCCACGUGUUUUUUCUCAUGAAAGGCACGGCCGUGCUCGUCAAGGCGUACACGGGCCAAAUGGGCGAGACGCAGCUCCUCCCGCUCUCGCCUGGCAUGCACUUUGGUGAAAUCGAGCUCUACCACCCGCGCUACGGCCGCGGCGUCCGCAUCUGCUCGGCCAUCUCCAAGACGUACUGCGAACUUACUUUCUUAUCGCGCCAAGUCAUCUCGCACAUUGGGGAGACAUGGCCCGAGGUCCUCGCGCACUUUGAGCGCACGGGCGGCCAUAAAAUUCGGUACAUGGCCAAGCGGGGACCACUGGAAGAGUUCAACCUCGGCGUCAAGUCACCAUCCACGAACGGACUCCGACACCGCCGGGUUUCCACCUCCAUGCGCGUGCUGCCGCUAGCGCGCAAAGCUGGCAUGUACCCACUCGCCAGAGUGCAAACGGGCGGGCGACGAGCGAGCCUUGACGUCAAGGACGUGCCGUCGACGGAGGACCUGGGAUCCUACGACCUCUCCUCGUCGUCAGAAGAUGACGACGUCGUGGCCGUCUCGAGCUCCACCCAGCUCGACACUGCCGUGCUGCGCGUCCAGCCACUCGUUCGACCCGUCCUCAACGAGCGCAAGAUGGCGCACCAGCACUGGGUGUUCCAUCCACAAGACCUCUUCCUUGUCAACUGGCAGCUCUCGGUGGCCACGGCCAUCAUGUACUCUACCAUCAUGGUCCCGUACCGGAUUGGGUUUAACGCGGACCCCUCCGGCUCGGAGCUGAUAUUUGACCUCUUUGUGGACGCGCUCUUUUUUGUCGACAUUGGCAUUUCAUUUCGGACGGCGUACUACACGAUCGAGCGCCAACUCGUUGUGAAUGGCAAUACUAUCAUGUACGCCUACCUCCGCGGCUGGUUCCUCGUCGACUUGGUUUCGACCGUGCCCAUCGACACGAUCGGCAGCUAUUUCAUCACGGCGCGCAACUCGAGCCAAGUGCUUGCGUCGACCAAAAUCCUGCGCGUCUUUCGCAUCGCGCGCAUCUUCAAGCUCAUUCGGCUUCUCAAGAUCGGCAAGGUGUUUAAACGCAUCCGCGACUCGAUCCAGCUGAGCCCGUCGACGGAGCGCCUUGCGAAGCUCGUCUUGAUCAUGGUUCUUUUUGGGCACUGGAACGGGUGCAUGUUCCACUUUAUCAUGCUCCAAGAGGAAGAUCUCGGACUGCGCACGUGGUGCACGGAAUAUUUUUUCCCCCAAGACGAAGAGCCCGGCUUGUGCUCGAACCGUGUCUCGAUUGUGGACCGGUACCUCGCGUCCAUCUACUGGGCGUUUACAACCAUGGCCACCGUGGGGUAUGGUGAUAUUCGCCCCUAUCGGUUCUCGGUCGCCGAAAUCCUCUUUACCAUUAUUUGUCUGCUUGUCAACUCGACCGUCUUUGCCUACGUGGUGAGCGGCAUCAUCGAAGUCAUCUACAACUACGACCCGAGCGCGCGCGAGUACAGCUCCCGUCUCAAUGCUAUGAAGGACUAUGUUCGGGACGCAUCCAUGUCGGUGCGCUUGAGUACAAAUGUCAAGCGGCACUACGACUACCUGCUCUCGACCGUGUGUCUCUUUCCCGAAGAAAAAAUCUUUGGGCAGCUACGCCCCAGCCUCCGGUUUGACGUCGCCCGCCUCGUCUCGUCCAGCUCCAUCAUGACGAUUGGCAUCAUUGCCAGUAUGGAAAAGCGCUACAAAGGGUUUGUGAGCUACGCCAUGUUCCUCCUCAAGCCGCAGUUCGUGCUUCGAAGCGAGCGCGUCUGUCAUAGCGGCAGCCCUGGCACCGAAAUGUAUUUUAUUCUGGACGGCGAGUGCGAGCAGCUCGACAAGGACAACCGUAACGCGCGAGUUCUCGGCGAGAGCGCGGUCGUCGAAGCCUACGCGCUCUUGGCCCACCCCGACGAGCACUACCGCACGGAAUCGACGCUUACGGUGCUCACCAAGUCGUGCCAGCUCUACGCAUUUGCCGUCCAAGAUUUUCGGACGAUUGCUGCGAUCUCACCGGCCAUUUCCUCCAACUUGUCGUACGAACUGGCGCGAAGCAUCAUCCGAGACGAUUUCCUGCGCCUCUCGGAGGUGCAGGAGCGCACGGUCGCGGCCGCGAUCGAGCAUGAAAAGGCGCACAACCCAGAUGCGACCCAUCAUUUGGGCAAUUUGGCUCAAGUUGUUCUCUCUUCCAUUAAAGUCGCCCACGGCGAUCCAUUGACGCUCAAUAUGAAAGAAGCUGUGCACAAGCUGGUGGCCAAUUCGACGACCCAUCACGACACCACCAGUACACCCCUUCAAUCCAUGUAGCGCCUCUGUAUUUCCCUGC